UGGUUUCGGGACGCUCCAACACCUAAUUUUAAGUAGGAGAAAAACUUUGGCGUGCCACCAUUUUUUAGUUCGACAAGACAAUCGAUCUGUCGAAAACUCGAUCAAGAUGGAACAGCAGGUCCUGUGACCAAGCAGAAUAGUACAAUACGUGUGUUUGUGAUCAAGUCCGGGUUGAUUCAUUCAUUUAUUAUAAGAGUUAGUGGCGCCUUUCCUUCGGUGAAAAUCGCAUUAACUUUUUUUUUCCCAACUCUUGAUUGAAUUAGUGUUUUUCGGGCUCGUGAUGGCGAGUUAAAACUGUCAGCUGACCGGUUUUUUUGUCCGCCACGUUGUGUCACACAAAGCACGUGUUCGCUUAACCGUGCACGCGCCCGCGCACGCUGGGUGCUCGUAGGCGCGAGACCGUUCCGUUGGGGUAAACGGGGUAACCGGAGGACAGCGGCUGGGGCAGCAUGGAGUUUGAGGAGUCCGGGAUCGGGGAGGAAUGCGGGGUUUUCGGCUGCGUGGCUGCCGGAGAGUGGCCCACGCAGCUAGAGGUGGCUCAGGUCCUCAGCCUGGGACUGGUGGCGUUGCAGCACAGAGGUCAGGAAAGUGCGGGGAUUGUCACAAGCAAUGGAGCCUGUCUGCCUAUAUACACAAGCCACAAGGGCAUGGGAUUAGUGAGCACCGCUUUCCAACCGGACGCUCUGCUCAAACUGCGCUACGGUAACCUUGGGAUCUGUCACACACGUUAUUCAACGACCGGGAUCUCGGAGCUGCAGAACUGCCAGCCCUUUGUGGUGGACACGCUGCACGGCAGGAUUGCCGUGGCGCACAAUGGAGAGCUGGUUAAUUCCCGUGCCUUGCGGAAAAAGGUAAUGCGCCAUGGAGUCGGCCUCUCCACCGGCUCAGACAGCGAGCUCAUCACCCAGCUGCUGGCGCUGACUCCACCCAUGGAGGAGCUGGACACACCUGACUGGGUCGCUAGAAUUAAAAACCUGAUGUCGAAAACACCCACAUCAUACUCACUGCUGAUCAUGUACAAAGAUGUCAUCUAUGCAGUGCGUGACCCUUAUGGAAACCGACCCCUCUGCAUUGGAAGGGUUGUUCCUAUCUCUAGGCUCCACAGUUCAGGAGCAGGAGAGGAGGACACUGAAGGAUGGGUUGUGUCAUCAGAGUCCUGCAGCUUCCAGUCCAUCGGAGCAAAGUAUUACAGGGAGGUCUUACCAGGAGAAAUUGUUCAGAUAUCCAGGCAUGGAGUGAAGUCUCUGAGUGUCGUUCCUCGCCCUGAAGGAGACCUGCCUGCCUUCUGCAUCUUUGAAUAUGUUUAUUUUGCCAGACCAGACUCCAUUUUUGAAGGGCAGAUGGUGUAUACUGUGAGGCAGCGCUGUGGUCGACAGUUGGCCAUAGAAGCUCCAACUGAUGUAGAUCUGGUCAGUACGGUGCCAGAGUCUGCGACCCCUGCUGCUCUGGGCUACGCUCAGCAGUCUGGCCUCCCAUACACGGAGGUUCUGUGCAAGAACCGCUAUGUAGGAAGAACGUUUAUCCAACCAAAUACUCGUCUGAGGCAGCUUGGAGUGGCCAAGAAGUUCGGGGUGCUGACUGACAACUUUGCUGGGAAACGAGUGGUGCUCAUUGAUGACUCUAUCGUCAGGGGCAACACAAUCUCCCCUAUCAUUAAGCUGCUGCGGGAAGCUGGUGCAACAGAGGUCCAUAUCAGGGUGGCAUCUCCACCCAUCAAGUUCCCCUGCUACAUGGGCAUCAACAUCCCAACCAAAGAGGAGCUCAUUGCCAACAAGCCAGAGUUUAAGGACAUUGCUGGUUAUAUUGGUGCUGACAGCAUUGAGUAUCUAAGUGUGGAGGGACUCGUAUCCGCUGUCCAGGAGGGAAUCACCUCCUUCCAGGAGAAGAACAACUCCCGCAAGAGUGUAGGCCACUGCACUGCCUGUCUAACUGGGAAAUAUCCAGUGGAACUGGAGUGGUAACUGGAACAGCAGCGUGGUUGGAGUGCUGAAACUGUUUCACAACUACAGCACAGGCGGUUCUUCUCUGCAGUCUCUGCUCACAACUUUAUAAAAAUGUCGCUUCAGGUUGAGCCUUACAACACUGUAUUUUUUUGUCCUAAAUUACUGGAUGGUGUGAGUAUUUUCUUGAGCACACCAAUAGACCCUAUGUAUAUUUGUUUCCUUUCUAUGUUUAUGUAUCAGUGUAUUUAGCUGUUUUUCAGCGUAAUCCAGGCAUUUGCAUGCAGAGCAUUAAAAUAUGUCAAGACACACAAGAGCAAAGAACAAAACCUUUAUUUUACUUAAUACUUUGGGUCACUUGAAUUCAGUGUAUUUUUGUCAACUUGAGUUAACUCUUCAAACUUUAAUAAAGACAAAUCUAAAUUUG